AUGCAUGCCUUGAUGUGUGCAAGGAAAGUAGAUAAAGAAUAUUUGUUUGUGUAUUCAAGUCAUUUACAUACAAAGCCUGUGUGUAAGAGGCAACGAAAGAAAACAGAAAUACUUCAUAGAUACCAGGAACUAAAGCUUUCAGUACCGUAUCCAAGUGUUUUUGAGAUCGAAGAUGCGACUUGUCCCGAUCCUAUUACAUAUAAUCGAAUAAAAGGACGUAGUGGAGUGGUUGCUGUACCAGCAUAUUGGAAGUUAGGAUUGAAGAGAAUGUUUCCACGUGAGUAUGCAAAACCUAAAUACCAGGUUCCUGCAAGUAUUGUAAGGACAGGGAUUCCAGAACUGCGAAGCCUUAUGAAAGAGCGUGAGGCAGGGAUGAGCUUGCGAGAAAGAGUCAAGGAAAAGCUGUAUCCAAAACUCGGGAAGUCCUCAGUUAAUCAGCGACUGCUCUAUGAUGCGUUUUUCAAUGAGGAGAUAGAUAUAAGAACAACAAGAUAUGGAUGUGUGUUUGAUCCAAGGUCUGAUUACUUUGUGCAUAUGUACACACCUGGAAAGAUAAGCCAGGAGUUAAUGGAUGCAUUGGGAAUAGAUGACAAAACACCGCCUCCAUGGCUUCUAGCCAUGCAAAGGAAUGGAAUGCCGUCUUCUUAUCCUGAUGCAUUGAUACCUGGAUUAAAUUCACCGAUUCCAAACGGAUGUGUAUAUGGAUAUCAACCGAAGGGAUGGGGCGAGCCUUUAUAUAAACUCGAAGCGAGUGAUACACGCAAUGAAGUUGAAUAUGUCUAUGACGCCAACAAUCAAUAUACAAAUCUAGCGUAUGUGGAAUACCUGGAAGAAAGAACCAAAUUAGAUAAAUCAAUACAAAUACAACCAAAUACAUGCCUGAAUAAUGAAGCAAGUAAAGUUGUAUUUGAUAUGCCUGAACAUAGAGUAAGAAAGAAUAUUAUGAAUAAUGAAAUCAAUGAAGAAGAUAUAACAUCAGCUAAGCAACCUAACACUAAUGAAGAAGAUGUAGAUGCAAUCCAAGUUAAUCAACCUAACAUUAAUAAACAAGGAAUAAUACAAGUUAAUCAACCUAACACUAAUGAAGAAGGAAUAAUAUCAGUUAAACAAUCUGAUAAUCCUAAAGAUGUUACAGAUGAAAGUAUCGUUCAGGAACAAAUCAAAGAUAUAGAACAACAACAACACACUGAUACAAAGAAAAACUCCAAGAAUAAGAAACUUUAUAAAAAUAUCAGAUUCUGA